GUGUGCUUAUAACUGGAGAAGGGGGAUUCCUACUGGAAAAGUGGAAACUGGCAAAACAGUCAGUCCUACCUAGAACAGAAAGUUAAAGAAAAAUGAGCACAAGCUCAAAGGAGAGCUGAUGCGUCUUCCUGCAAUGCUCCAAGACUUCUAAAAAAGUUAAUUCUUAACUGCAGACGUAUGGCUACAAUACCCUUGGGACAACAUGCAGCAGCAGCCCUUCUGCCUCCACCUGCAAUUCUUAGCUGCUUCAGCUCUUGCUUGGAGUUCCUUCUUGAGCUUUGGUCCUGGGGCAGCUGAACUAGCUCCAGAAUGCUUGCCAGAAGGACAUCGUGUUCUGCACAAUGCUUAUCGCAGCAUCACUUUUGAUUCCCUGGAAUUGCAGGAAACUGCCAUUCAGGACAUGGUCUGCGAUCAUUCCCUUUCUCAAGGAUGGUACCGCUUCAUGAUUGACAACAAGCCUGCAGAAAUGCCAACCAAGUGUAUAGAGAUGAACAAAUGUGGGACACAAGCUCCAGUCUGGCUGUCGCUUGAGCCUGACUCCCUCCCGCAGCCUGGUGAGAGAAAGCAGCUCACCGCCUGUGCUACCUGGCAGUUCUUUUUCGGAAGCAUCAAAGACUGUUGUCUGUUCCGGAUACCCAUAUCGGUCAGACAUUGUGGAGAGUUCUUUGUUUAUCUCUUGCAACCAACUCAGGGGUGCAUGGGCUACUGCGCGGAAGCUGUUAAAGAACCACAAUUGAACUAUUUUGGUCCCAGAGGAACUGGAGCAGACAUCAACUUCCAAGGGGCAUCUCAACUCCCACCUUUACAACCACUUGUCACCCCUGAGCUUUUGGGAGGCCACGUCUACCUCAAAUGCACUUUCAGAACUCCAACUUCAGAUCCGUCUAUAGGUUAUGCGGUGAUCUGGUCACGCCUUUCCAAAUCCAGAGCGAAAGAACAGCUUCAUCGUGACACAACACUGCAGACAUUCUCCUACGUGGAGAUGGAUGGAGUUAAUUUCAGAUUGGGAGAUACGGUCUUUUGCACUGUCACAGCUUUUAGGUGGGACUCUCCUGAUCAACAGUCUUUCCCUGAAGAAAGCGAUGGAUUCUAUGCUGGGAUUAAGUUUGUGCCAGAAUCCAUACAAAUUGCAGAAGAUAGUGAAGAGCAUAUUUUGACAAUCCUAAGUACCAUCCCUAUUACCUGUCUGGGCCAGGAUGACAUCUGUAAAAUUACUUUGCAGCUGACUACCGGGGAUUCUGAUGAUCUGGGAAGGAGGUCCCCAGACAUCGCUCUCUCAGCAUGCCAGGUGGCUCUGGAACACAUGCCCUGCGACGAAGGUAGCUGUGCAAGAGCUUCGGUAACUGUAAGGGCUGUGAAUGACUUUGCCGAGGAUGGAAACCUCACCAGCUAUAUCAGAGUGGAGCCUGUCCAAACGAGCGAGCCGCUUUGGCGGGAUUAUACACCAAUGGAUGUCAAAGUCACAGUUCAAGACCUCCCCACAGAGAACUGCUACUCUUUGACUGAUCCACACAUCAUCACAUUUGAUGGAUGGCGUUAUGACAGCUACAUGACUGGAACUUUUGUGCUGUACAGAAGUCUGAACCGAAUGUUUGAGGUGCAUGUGCGUCAGUGGCAUUGCAGCAACCGCCAUCUUGCCUUUGCUUGUAACUGUGGUGUUGCCGCAUGGGAAGAUAAUGAUAUCGUCAUCUUAGAUAUGUGCAAUGGGCAGUUUCUGGAAACCAAACCUCAACUGGCAAUUAAAAGCAUCAAAGCCUCGUCACAACCAAAUGUCAGAAUCAUGGAGUCCUAUGGAGGGAGAAAAAUUACCAUCUCAUUCCCUUCAGGAGCAUUUGUUCGAGCUGAUGUGAGCGACUGGGGAAUGAGUUUGACAGUAAGGGCACCAAGCAUUGAUUUUAAUAGCACCAGAGGUUUAUGUGGCAUCUUUGACAGAAACAGUCAGAAUGACUUCCAUGGGCCUGAUGGGAGCCCUUUACUUUCUCGCCAGAAUAACACGUCUGAGGAGGACUUCAUAAAAGCUUGGAGAAUAGCUCCAGGGAUGAGUUUGUUUGACAAGACUCCACCACUGUCAGAAUGGAAGAAGAGGACACAUUACUGUCUGUGUCAGAAGGAGCAUUCACUAUAUUUACAGUCAGUAAAUGCUCUACACACUUUUCAGCAUUCUCCCCCGGAAUCUUUAGGUUGUUUUUAUGAGCGUGUGGAUUACAAUUCUGUAAUCCCAUAUCUAGAUGUCACAUCAGAACAUCCUACUAACUUGGACGCUGAUUCUGCAUUCCUAGCUGAUGGAAUAUUAUCACCUAGAUCUCUUGAGCAGUGGCAUUUGCCUCAGGCAACCAAAAGGAAAGACAGCCCCAAUGGCCUUUUAAACUCAAUUGGUCAAAACAUCUCAUUGAAAAAAUCAGGAAAUGAAACAUAUUUUGAGUCUUCCGAUCAUUGGAAGGAGCUAUCAAGAGAAAAAAGGCAAGAAGCUUACUGGGAAUCCUUAUCUGCUUCCUCUUCUCAAAGCUUGAGUCAGGCUGACUUGGAAAGUUUCACCUACUUUUUCCCAGAAGAUUAUUUUGAAGGGAGGCGGCCUAAAGUUCAGGUCACAUGGCCUACUCCAAGUGGCCUAACCUCAGCAAAAGCCUUAGCAAGCUGUCAGAAGGUUCUUGAAACCUCUCCCAUUGGCUUAGCUUGUAAAGGGCUUCUGGGCACCCAGCUGGAUGCGGCUAUUGAAAUGUGCCUUUUGGAUGUACAAAGCAAGGAUGACCUCACAUGGGGAGAAUCAAUGAUUGCAUUUCUGGAAAAUUCCUGUGAAAAAAGGGUGCUGGAAAACAUAACUAUGUGGUUUGAUUCAACAAGCGAGCUACCUGCUACACAUAAAGAAAUAAUCAGAGCUCUCAGGUGCCCCAAUCUCUGUAAUGGACAUGGGCAGUGCAGUAUGUGGGGAUGCCAGUGCUUUGAAGGAUACGAUUCCCAUGACUGUACAACCGCCAAAAAGCAUCCAGUGGAGAUCACAGAUCUAAUAAAUGGGGGUUUCUGUGACGUCCGGACAUCCGACUGUAGCAGAAUCCACGUGUUUGGACACAACUUCAGAGAUUCUUCUGAUCUUCAUUGUGAGGUCACCCGGUUGACUUAUCACAAUGGUGAAUGGAUAUCCAGAGAACAUGAAAACACCAAAGCAACGUUUCUGAAUCUGACAAUGGUGGACUGUCAGAUCCCACCUCUGAACAAUACAGGAGCAGGAGCUGUUCGUUUCAUGAUGGAUGCUGAGCCUUAUGCAAGAUGGCAAGUGAAAAUUUCUAAUGAUGGUUUCCAGUACAGUAAUUCAAAAGUCCUGACCUUGUAUGACGGAGUCUGCCAGGACUGCGAAUUCCAUCAAAAUGGGCUUUGUAAAUUAAAGGAAAACGCUUGCAAUAUAGAUAGAUUAUGUUAUGCAAAAGGUGAUUCGAGCCUUACGAGUCCUUGUCUUCUCUGUGAACCAGAUAUUUCCAAAUUCACCUGGUCUAUCAAUGAAAAUAACCAGCCGCCUGUGUUCCAAGCCCCAGCCAGCCAGCUUCUGACGUUUGCAGGAGAGAAUUUUGUGUACCAACUGCUAGCAGUGGAUCCCGAGGGAUCAGCCGUGCUGUUCAUCUUAGAAGGCGGACCUCCAGAAGCCACCCUCUCUCCUGCUGGCCUUCUCAUUUGGAAAGUCAGCUCUGCCAAAUCAGAGAGCUUUGAAUUCACCGUGUCUGAUGAAUGCAAUGCACAAAGCAGGCACUCGGUUCAGAUUGCAGUGAAACCAUGUGGCUGCUUAAAUGGUGGAACAUGUAUCACCAACAUCAACUUCCCUCCGGGUGUUGGUGAAUAUCUCUGCAUAUGUCCCAGUGGAUUUGAACAGGAACUUUGCCAGAACAGCCGUAAUGACUGCCAAUCAAACCCAUGUGGGAUCGGCUCCUGUAUCAAUGGAAAAGAUAGUUACAUUUGUAAAUGUCCAGCAGGUUGGAAAGGGCUUACUUGUCAGGAGGAUACAAAUGAAUGUGAAGAGGAACUUUGUUUUCCUGGUGUCUCUUGCACAAACACAGUCGGAUCUUACACAUGUGGCAACUGCCCCAAUGGGAUGCAGGGUGAUGGUAGAAGCUGCAAAUUUGAGGACAGUGCUGACAUGACAGAAGCUUUCAUUAAUGAUAAUCAUAAUCCUAAAGGUGAAUGGAAAAAGAGUGAAAGUAAACAGCCAGUCAUACCUCUAGAAGCGAAGACGUUGCCUGCAAUUAAGUAUGUUAAUAUUACUGAUGUUCAUGGUAAGUGA